UUUUUUUGAAUUCCCCGGGCUGCCGUAGUGGUUGGAAGGAAACGGAUGCGAUAUCUGCGUCUUUGUAAUUUUUUAGUUUGAAGCGGCGUGACGUCACACAGGAGAGCUGUGUACCGGAGACAGGGUCGGAGGUUCGAUCACCGACAGCAAAGGAUCGAACCGCCGGAGGAAGUUAGCAUCAAGUUAGCAUCGUUAGCAUAAGCGUUAUCGUCGGCGUCAGUUAGCUCCGUUAGCUCAGGCUAGUUAGCUCCCGCUGCUAGCACUCACAGAAUGUCCUCCAGGAAGACUCUCCGGCUCAUCUGCGGCUUCGCCGGCGGCUCUGCCGCGCUCCUGUUCACCGCCGCUGUCGCGGAGUCCCGGGGAUAUUUCGCGGAGCGCCCCGGUGAGGCGACCGGGUGGUGGUCGGCGUUCGGCGUCCUGCGAGCCGCGCAGCCGGCGUGGACGUCCGUCUCACCGGCUACGUCCGGAAACUCCUGGGACUUCAACUGGGACAAGAGAGAGCCGUCCGCGCUGAGAAAGGAGAAGGCGUCGGACGACCCCACCUUGGAGGCGGACAACGGAAAAGCGAAGGCGACGCGGAACAUCCUCCUCAUCCGACACUCCCAGUACAACCUGAGUGGGAACGGUGACAAAGAGAGGAGCCUCACUUCAUUAGGUCGAGAACAGGCCGAGUUGACCGGUGAGAGGUUGGCAGCGCUGGGGCUCAAGUACGACGUCUUGGUUCACUCCAGCAUGACCAGAGCCACGGAAACGGCUCAGAUCAUCAGCAAACACCUGCCGGGGGUGGAGCUAAAGAGCUGUGAUUUGCUGAGGGAAGGCGCCCCCAUCGAGCCAGUUCCUCUCGUCACUCAUUGGAAACCCGAAGCCGUGCAGUACCACGAGGACGGCGCUCGUAUCGAGGCAGCCUUCCGCAAGUACAUCCACCGCGCUGACCCCAAGCAGAAGGAGGACAGCUACGAAAUCAUCGUGUGCCACGCCAACGUCAUCCGCUAUUUUGUGUGCAGGGCUCUUCAGUUUCCUCCCGAAGGCUGGUUACGUAUGGGCUUGAACAACGGCAGCAUCACGUGGCUGACCAUCAGACCCAGUGGCAGGGUGGCCCUCAGGACGCUGGGGGACUCUGGGUUCAUGCCCCCCGAUAAACUGAGCCGCACCUGAUGACACAUACACACACACUGGACUCUGUGUUCGAUUCCCUUCAAGUGUCUUGAGAAUGUCGUUUUUUUUACCGUCCUUGUUGAGAGGUUUGAUUCUGUGCCAUAAAGGAAAAAAACAGUUUAAAAUGUUUAAAAUAGGAGUCGGCUAAUGUCGAUGAAAACUUUGAGAAAUAAGAAUAAAUACGUUUGUUAAAUCUUU